CUAGAACAUCUGUUUCACAGAGCAGCAGACCCAAUGCAGAAAUAGGUUGUAGCUGACCAUCAACCCUCCUGACCUUUGCUUCCCGCAGCCACCCGGCAAUGUUGGUCUCCACCCUUUAGAGACGGGAGCUUGUCUUUGCCCAUUCCUUGCGGUACGCCUACCCUACCAGAUAGGGCGCUUUUGCUGCCUUCCCUGAUCUAUGGGGAAUGUCUUUCAUGUAACUUAGCUAGGCAGUGCCUGGGGACUCUUGAGUGCUCCUAUAUUAUGAACUAGUAUUUGAUACAAUUGCUAGGGCAGGUAAUGCCUUUUGAGGUGCAAAGCACGAAGAAAGGGGGAAGGGUAACUUAGAAAAUAAUCUUUUAAUUGUUCCAGUGGUUCUAGUUGAGAGCAGGAGAGCUUGUAAAAAUACUGGAAAAAGUGGAUGAAGAAACUUUGUUAAGUUUUUAGGUUAGAUGAGUAUAGGUGAAACAACUGCCAUGUUACUAGGAUUAGGAAGCCAGAGUUCACCUACGUGGGGACAGAGUGAAGGGGAAGAGCUCGGUGGUUCUCAGUCUCACUGAAUGUUUAGAGAAGUUACCACAUAGCAUAUGCUGACACAUACAUCAUGAAUAAUUUAAGGUGUGGACAGUGGAGAGGGCAGCCAGCUGCAGCUAACUGAUAAGCUUUUCUGGAAAGCUUGUGCUAGGAGGAAGUAGCAGUAAUCGUAGUUUGUGGUUACAAGAUUAUAGGUCACUGCCGGGAAGCUGGAAGGAUAAACAGUGGAUCAGCAUCCUUGGUAUUAAGAGAACACAAUGAAACAGAAGAGGUCUUGAAAAAUCUCCAGAUCAUGACCAAGAUGUUCACUAAACAAUGAGUGAAUCUUUCUAGUCAUUCAGUGGCUUUCUCGUGUCAGUAGUAAGCUGUCCACAGUUAACUGCCAAAGCAGGAGGUGGCAGAAGGAAGCUCAGUUGUACCCUUCUGUCCUCCCAAGUAAACCUUCGUGGCUGUGACCAGCUAUGGAGGACUCCAGAGUGAGGAAAAAUUUUUGUCAACUUGCUAGGCAUCUUUAACUACCUCGUUAGACUAAAUUACCUACAUUAUUUUCUUAAUAGCUUUAAGUAAUUUUUUUGUGUGUGAUUGAAAUUCCUCAGCGCAGAGUUCCAGGCUUUUAAAACUGUAUUUGUCAAUAUGACCACUGCUGAUAAACUGUAUUCAAAAAAAUGCUGAGAGAAUCAACAUAAUAGAACCUUUAUUGACAGGAUCCAUACUAUAGAUUUAAUGACGUGAUGUACAGAUGGAUCUCACUGGAUAACUGGACUUACAGCAGGACAUUCAAAACUCCUUUUGACAUCAGAAAGUGGCAGAAAGUGAAUUUGAUUUUCGAGGGUGUAGAUACAGUAGCACAGAUCCUGAUCAACAAUGUCACUCUUGGGAGAACAGACAACAUGUUCAACAGAUAUAGCUUUGAUAUUACCAGUGUGAUCAAGGAGGUCAAUUUUGUUGAAGUCCGUUUCUUAUCAGCCGUUUCAUAUGCAGCAGAGCAGAGCAGAUGUCACAAAGUGUACAGCAUCCCCCCGGCAUGCCCUCCACCUGUGCAGAAAGGAGAGUGCCAUGCUAAUUUCAUCAGAAAGGAGCAGUGUUCAUUUAGUUGGGACUGGGGCCCUUCUUUUCCGACUCAAGGUAUCUGGAAAGAUGUUCGGAUUGAGGCCUAUAACCAUUAUCGCCUGAUUUACUUUUCUUUGACUUCUUUCUUUGUAAAGAGUGCUCAGCAGUGGAGUCUUGAAAUCGAGUCUAUUUUUGAUGUAGUCAGCUCCAAGCCAAUUGCAGGUCUUGUGACUGUGAACAUUCCAAAACUGCAAACGCAGCAAACGUUCAGUGUGAGGCUUCAACCUGGAGAAGGCAGCAUUGUGCUGCUUGUAAACAUCAACAAGAGUUCUGCAGUGGAGGCUUGGUGGCCAAAUGGACAUGGAAAGCAAACUGGAUACAACAUGACAACAACUUUCAUCAUGGAGGCAGGAUACCAGAUUGAGAAAUUUUCAAAGGCCUAUUUUCGGACAGUAGAACUUGUUCAGGAGCCUAUUCCUGGCUCACCAGGUCUGAGUUUCUACUUCAGAAUCAAUGGUCGACCCAUUUUCAUUAAGGGCUCGAACUGGAUUCCAGCAGAUUCUUUCCAGGACAGAGUGACCUAUGACACAUUAUGGCUACUCUUGAAGUCUGCAGCAGAUGCUAACAUGAAUGCACUUCGGGUUUGGGGAGGAGGAGUAUAUGAACAGGAUGAAUUUUAUGAUAUUUGCGAUGAAAUAGGAAUAAUGAUUUGGCAGGAUUUUAUGUUUGCAUGCGCGCUAUAUCCAACUGACAAGAAUUAUUUAGAAUCCAUAAGAGCAGAAGUUUCUCAUCAGGUAAGACGUUUAAAAUCCCAUCCAUCGAUUAUUUUGUGGAGUGGUAACAAUGAAAAUGAAGCAGCAAUCGCAAGCAACUGGUUCUCUAUACCUUAUGCUGACAAAGAAGUCUAUAUCAAAGACUAUGUGAUGCUUUAUGUGAAGAACAUCCGAGAAAUAGUUCUUACUGAAGAUAAGAGUCGUCCUUUUAUUGCAUCCAGUCCCACCAAUGGCUUGGAGUCAGUUAAAGAAGGCUGGAUCUCCCAGAAUCCUUAUGAUACCCAUUAUGGUGACACUCACUUUUAUGACUACAGCAAUGACUGCUGGAACUGGACAGUAUAUCCUAAAACUCGUUUUGCUUCAGAAUAUGGAUUUCAGUCCUGGCCUUCCUUCAGUACAAUCGAAAAGGUUUCCUCCGCUGAGGACUGGUCCUAUACAAGCAAUUUUUCUCUCCAUCGACAACACCAUGAAAAUGGCAAUGAUCAGAUGCUUCAACAGCUUGAGCGUCAUUUCAAGCUUCCCCAGAGCACAGAUCCCAUAAAGAAGUUCAAAGAUACGAUUUACCUCACUCAGGUGAUGCAGGCUCAGUGUAUGAAGACAGAAACUGAAUUCUAUCGUUUUAGUCAAAGUGAAAUAAUCAAGGGAGAAGGACACACGAUGGGAGCUCUGUACUGGCAACUUAAUGACAUUUGGCAGGCACCUUCAUGGGCUUCCUUGGAGUAUGGUGGUAAGUGGAAACUGCUCCAUUAUUUUGCCCAGAACUUCUUUGCACCACUGCUGCCUGUGGCCUAUGAAGACAAAGGUGUGUUGUACAUUUAUGGUGUCUCAGAUCUUCAUGUGGACCACAAGCUGAGUUUGAGGGUCAUUGUGCACACCUGGAGUUCUUUGGAGUCAGUAUGCACCAUUGCAAAAGACAGUGUGACUGUUAAAGCACAGAGUGCUGUCCCCAUCUACAAGGAGUCCAUAAAUGACUUACUGGAAAGAUGCAGAAAUUGUACAAGGAAAAGCUGCGUUAUUACUUUCUGUCUUGUUGGAGAAGGUGGGCUCCAGAGUCCUACGAACCAUCACUUCCUUUCAUCGCUAAAGGAUGCUGUAGGAUUAGAAAAGACCCAGCUUAGUGCCUCUGUAUCCCAACGAGAUGACAUUUAUAUAUUUGUUCUUCAGACCACUGCAAUUGCUCCUUUUGUUUCCCUGGAUGUAGGGAGUAUAAAAGGCAGAUUUAGUGAUAAUGGCUUCCUCAUGACUGAAAAGAAGAAAGUGGUUGUGUUUUAUCCUUGGGAACCUACCAGUGUUGAAGAACUAGAAAAGUCACUAACCUUGACCUCUCUGGUGGACGUUGUCUGAGGAUACUUCAUUUCCUUCUAGACAAGGAGUGAAACGGGAAGAGGAAAAAAAUUAGAAGAAUUUUACUACAGCUGAAGUGAUGUAAAAUUUGAGCUGACUGGACCACAUAUUGUCUGUUCCUGUCAUGUGUGAAUUUUAACUGCUGAUUCAAUGUAAAGAUACCAACAGCAAAGCUUGCAUAUAAUAUAUGUGGUGUAUUGAAAAUGAGGCUUUCUCAGCUAACAGGAAAAAUAUAUCCCAUGUAUAAAAUGGGAAGAGUCAGUCAGUGUAAGAGAGCUAGUCUGAGUUCUCCAAUUCACGUGAGAUUGGAGCUCUGAAUCCAACUUAAGAGGCAACACAAAUAUGUGUAUCCAGACUAUGGCUGUAAAAAUCGGUAUUUUUUCCAGAUUCACUAUGCCGUCAGUGGAAAUUCAUCUUACAGUAACAGCAAGGUAUGCUGGGGGCAAGGGGGAAGGGCAGAGAGUGAAGCUGGGACCACCUCCACAGAUAAGCCCCAACUUGGAGUUGUUUGAUCUAGCUGCACCCAAAUUGGGCACGCACUAAUCUCCUACCCUUUCAGAUCUGUGGCUGUCACUCUGUCAGGUGUCCUGCCUGCCUCCUGCAAGGUAGGCUUCCAAAUAGACAUGAAACCUGCGCUGUCUACUCAGACAUCAGGCGGAUCUGUUCCCCCUUCCGAAAGGGGAAUUGAGUACGAGAUUUUCUUCUCUCUUUUCAUGCAACAUAAGCAAUAACCUCUGCAUCUAGCUUUGACUAUUCCCAGGUUCAGUCACAAACCUUUCGCUGCUGCGUGGGAUCCUGUAUCAUGUGGCAUACUAUGAGAUAUGCCUGGCUGUGGGAAAAGGAAUGAGGGAAAGAGUUGACCAAAGGUGCAAAGAAGAAAGAGGCAGCACAGAGAAGAAAAAGUCAUGUGAGAGGACCACAGGAUUACAACUGACUGCUUUUUCUGUAGUAGAUACAGAACAGGAGCUGCUGUUCUCAGACAUCGCUGCACAGCCAUUCUGUUACCUCCUGGCAUUCCUCAUGAGUGGCCCUGUGCUCCAUGCUGACCCUCCUCUCUUCCCAACAAAGGAGAAACUCAACAUCUUAACUUUUGCAUAAUUGUGUGUGGGUUCCCUGUAGAAGACUGUGUUGACUCAUGAUAUAGUGGUGGCACACUGGACUCCUUAGUCUGUACAAAGGAAUAGUGCUUCACCUUCUAUUCUGUUUCUGAGUAAUUUGUUUUUAAAAUGUUUGUUUCCCAUAGAAAUGUCUCAUUUUGGCAUUUGAGACAAAGAAAAUAAGCUUUUUUCAGCAUGGGGGGCUGCGGUAUCCUGUGGAGCUGAAAGCCUGAGUGUUUGGCUGUUGGGAAAUCCAGGCCACCGAGCCAUGCUGUGGGCAGGUCAUUAAACAUUGGGCUUGUCUGUCAGAUGUGGUUUGAAAUGCGGAUGGAAUCUUGCUGGCGUUCCACAAGGCUCCUCUCACAGUCCAAGCAAGUAUUAAUUUUCUUGCAAAGCACCUAGCAGUAUCAGCACUUUGGAAUAGAAAGUGUUUGAACAAGCUCUAUGGGUGAUGUCCAUCUUCAUCAUAAAAGUGCUAAGUGGGUGAUGCUGGCUGGUGGUGCAGCUGGAGUGUGUGUGUGGCGAGCAGCUGUGUGCUCAAUUGGUCAGUUAGAGAACCUGGAACUGGGAGUUGUUUUCUUGCAGUGAUCAUAAAUUUAAUGGGCAAAGAGACGAGCCUAUUGACUGAUCGCUCAGUGAUUUCUCGUGCUUUUUUGAAUUGGGUGUUAACCAAAACUGACAUACUCCUGAGUAAGAGGAAAAACUUAAAGAUGAAAAGGAAAUGAUAAAUGGAAAAUGCUUACAAAUACAUUAUUAGGUCACCAAAACAACUAAGUGCAGUUGCAUAGGAGGGCUUUUCUGAUUCAAAACUUGUCCUAGUUGAAAGAAAACAUGAAAGCAAAAGAUGUAUUUGUAUGUGCCAAUAUUUAUAGGUUAUGCAAAAUAAAUAGGGAAAAUUACAGUCAUGAAUAGAGCUUGACAGAAAAUGCAGACAUCAAUAAAGGAAUUUAAAAGUUAUCCAAGAGGCAUCCUGGGCCGACAAUACAAGAAAAAUCCUUCAGUUUUUUCAGUGUCCUGGAAUCAAAGUAGCAGUAGCCAGUAUAAGGUAAGGGUGAAAAAAUGGGGAGAAAAUAUGGAAUAAGUAAUGAUUAAUAAAUAUUGCUGCAGUGUAUUAGGAAAAGGGCAGGCUGGUUGAUGUUUUUCUCUUACAUCGAUGUAGAAAAAUCUCUUCCAGCAACAUCUAGCUAGAAUUACAAAAUGACACUUAAUAGUGUUAAAUAAAUAAAACUUUUACAGAAUUAUUUGUUACAAUCAA